AUGGAGCUGCUCCUCCUGCUCCACGAACUCCUCGGCGACGCAGUUACGGCUGCGGAGGCAGCUCUGUUACUCAGCUUCGAACAGCCUGAGCGUCCGAUCAUCCAAGAUGUCAGGUUUUGCGUCACAACUCUAUCGGGCGAGGACUGUAGGCAGCAGUUUCGCUUUGAUGUGGCCGGCGUCAUCCGCCUAACGGAGCUCUUCGCUCUUCCGGAGUUCGUGAUCACGGGUUCGCGCGAUAAGGCCCACGCCACUGAGGCAGUGUGCAUCUUGCUCCAUCGCUUGAGCUACCCCAAGCGCCAUUACGACAUGAUUCACAGAUUUGGGCGCUCCACAAGCGCCCUGUGCCGUAUUUUCAUGCACGUCGGUACGUGGUGA